UUUUGAAAUCGUGAAGAGGCGCUCUGUGUUCAGGGGAGUUAAACAACACAAACAAUGCACAGACAAAAUAAAGGGAAGACUCCUCGGAGGCCUGGCCCCAAAAAGGCAUCCAACAUAGAUAAAGACCCCGUGGGAGUAUACUGCCGUAUACGUCCACUUGGAGCAGAAGAUGAGGAAUGUUGCAUUGAGAUGAUCAGCAGCACCACGAUUCAGCUUCAUGCUCCUGAUGGCCUUAAAGCCAACCGCAAUGGGGAAUACAAAGAGACACAGUACUCCUUCAAAAAAGUGUUUGGUAUAAAUACCACUCAAAUGGAGCUGUUUGAGGAUGUUGCCAAGCCUCUGAUAGAGGACCUGAUUCAUUGUAAGAAUGGUCUGCUGUUUACGUACGGUGUUACUGGAAGUGGUAAGACCUUCACCAUGACCGGCUCGCCUGGGGAAGGUGGACUCCUGCCCCGCUCUCUGGACAUGCUCUUCAACAGCAUUGGCCCCUUUCAGGCCAAGAGAUUUGUGUUUAAAACAGAUGAUAAAAAUGGCAUGGAGAUCCAGGGUCAAGUUGAUGCUCUCCUGGAGAGACAGAAGCGAGACAGUCAGCAGUCUGUGCCCAAAACGCCGUCUGCCAGGCAGAGGGUUGCUGACCCAGAGUUUGCAGAUAUGAUCAGCUCAGAAGAGGCGUGUAAAUCUGAGAAUGUGGAUGAAGACUGUUGUUACAGUGUUUUUGUGUCCUACAUCGAAAUCUACAACAACUACAUCUAUGAUCUCCUCGAAGAUGCUCCGUUUGACCCAAUCAGACCAAAACCGCCUCAAUCUAAGAUUCUCCGUGAAGAUCAGAAUCACAACAUGUACGUGGCCGGCUGCACAGAAGUUGAAGUCAAAUCUACAGAGGAGGCUUUUGAAGUCUUUUGGAAGGGACAAAAGAAAAGGAGGAUAGCCAACACUGAACUUAACCGUGAAUCCAGUCGCUCCCACAGCGUGUUCACAGUAAAGUUGGCCCAGGCUCCUCUGGAUGCUGAUGGGGACCAUAUUCUGCAGGACAAAAACCAGGUGAAUGUGAGUCAGCUGUGUCUGGUUGACCUGGCGGGCAGUGAGCGCACCAGCAGAACCAGAGCGGAGGGAAACCGUCUCCGUGAAGCAGGUAAUAUUAACCAGUCCUUGAUGACACUGCGCACUUGUAUGGAAGUCCUGCGUGAAAACCAGAUGUGUGGAACCAAUAAGAUGGUGCCUUACAGGGACUCUAAAGUUACACAUCUGUUUAAAAACUACUUUGAUGGAGAAGGAAAAGUGAGGAUGAUUGUGUGCGUCAACCCAAAGGCUGAUGAUUAUGACGAGACGACGCUGGUGAUGCGCUUUGCAGAGAUGACCCAGGAGGUCGAGGUGGCACGGCCAGUUGACCGACCAAUCUGUGGCCUCGCAGCAGGACGCAGACACAGAAACCGCGCCUUCAAAGAUGAGCUGUCACGUCGCCUGGAAGAGCGAGGAGGUCCCAGUAAUGCCGCGGAUGAUCCAGCUCUGCUGAGUCAGCUCAUGGAAAGCCUUCCUGCGAUGCCUCGCUGUGAGCUGGUGGACCCGGCUGAUGAUCAGACGCUGCCCCGCCUCAUUGAGGUGCUGGAGAGGAGGCAUCGUGUCCGUCAGAUGAUGACAGAGCAGUUCAACAAAACUGCCAAUUCACUGAAGUCCAUGCUGCAGCAGUUUGACAGUCAGCUCAAUGCAAAGGAGACGUUCCUCCACGAUCAACGAAGCAGACUGAGCGAGAAAGACAAAGUCAUCCUCGGCCAGAGAGCGGAGUUAGAACGACUAGAGAAAAAAUCCAAAACGCUGGAAUACAAGAUCGAUAUCCUGCAGAAGACAACAGACAUGUAUGAGCACGACAAACGCUCACUUCAGCAUGAGCUGGAGACCCGGGAGCAGCGUCUGCACAGAGAGCUGUCAGAGAGGAGGCGCAUGGAGCAGCGCAUGCAGGGCAUGAUGACAGACACCAAACUCAAGUGGGAAAAGGAGUGUGAGAGGAGAGUGAACGCCAAACAGCUGGAGAUGCAGAACAAGUUGUGGGUGAAGGAUGAGAAGUUGAAGCAGCUCAAGGCCAUAGUGACAGAGAGCAGCAGCAGCGGUGGCGGCAGCAUUGCAUUUACAACUGAGCGUCCAGAGAAACCUGAGAGACCGUCACGGGAGAGAGAUCGCAACUUUGGCCAGAAGAGGUCUGCCUCGCCAUCACCACUUCCUGACUUCAGCCAAACUCCUUCCCACCAAACUCGAGCCAAUGUUAGGGCAGUUAAGGACGCUUAUCCCUCUUCCACCACCUCCUCCAGCUCCUCCUCCACCUCAGCCUUUCCCUCUGUAGCCUCCUGUAUCUCUGACUGGGAGCACAGAUUUCCUGUAGACACAAGCAGCCAAGCUAGGACCCCUCACAGCAGGAGCCGGACUCCUGCGUCAUGCCUCAGCACCAGCAGUGUGGGCCGCAGGAGAGGCCAGCGCUGGGUCGCAGACUCUGAGGUCCCUGCUACGACUCUUGUCAAUGGGCUAGACCUAGAGGCAGGCACAAGGACGGCCCCUCCGGUUCAUCCAACGCACAGGCGCUCACACUCUGCGGGUGGGGAGAAAUGGGUAGACCACAAACCUGCUUCUAAUUUGGACCUAGACACUGUCAUGCAGCCAAUCAUACCCAAUGCAAUCAAGGUGUCGACCCCGAACGAGAAAGCUCUGUCGAAAUGUCAAAAGUAUGUGCUUAGACAUCAAGAGCUUGCCUCCGACGGGGAGAUCGAGACCAAAUUGAUCAAGGGCAACGUGUUUAAGACCAGAGGUGGAGGACAGGCGGUGCAGUUUACAGACAUCGAGACACUAAAACAAGAGUGCGCAGCAGCAUCAAGUCGUAAGAGGAGAUCAGGGUCUGGAGAAGGACCAGCUCAGAUGGAGGACAUAGAAAACAGGGCUCCAGUGGCAGGCACGAGCUCUGGCUUUGGGUAUCAAAAGCGCAGAAAGCCUUAAGUUGUUGUACAAAAAUGAAGGAACUUUUUUCUUCUUGAAGACAUGCACAGUGAGGGGACCACCAUGUGAAACUAUGCAUCUUUUGGAGAGUCGGGGCAUUUUUUUGUAUAAUGACUGAUCAUAUUGCAAAUUAGGGUGCAAUUCUAAUUUAUCCUCAGUAGAAUGCAGUGGAGAGUAUUUCAAUUGCAACUCGCUUUAUUAGUGUGCUUUUUCCUUUUUAAAUGCUAGAAUAAGACAUGGACGUAUUAAAUAGUCCCUGAUAAAUUUCAUGUUUUGUUACUUGUCAUUUUCACUGCCUUUUUACUGCUACCCAAAGAUAAGAAUAUUUGAGCUUUUGAACAACAGACAAUGUUUAUUUUUUUGUACUUAAUAGUGUCAUUGCUUGCUUUGUUUUUUUACAGGGGUUAUUCAUGAAUUGGAUGUUACACUGACUGUAAGGCAGAUUACAAAAAUAGAGCGCAGAACAAAGUUGCUUCAGAGUUACAAUGUGUAGACCUGUAAAUAUAGAGCUGCUAAGUAGGUUUUGCUGAAAUCAAUCUGGCUGUAAAUAAGUGUUACGGAGCUUUCCACUUGUGUGUUAUUGAAACAACUCUUAUGAAAUGUGCAGCAAACUUCUCUUUUGGCUGGCAUUAAAUUUAUUUC